AGGCCUCCGACGUUUACUCUCGUCACGUGGCACUUUCCGUCUUGCGUCGACUGCUGAAUUUCCGAUUUGAACGAGCUGAUUUACGAACGAGGAGCUCGAGCAGAGUGACGAAAAUUUCGCAAAAGAUGAAGUGUGUGGUUAGCCGAGCUGAUGACCUCAAACGGAUGCUCGAUUUGAGUGAUGUGCCAACGAAAUCCCAAGGGGAGCAGGAUGCAGGAGUCCUGAUUCUAUUACAUGACGAUGGAAGUGAGAAAUUAAAAGUGUUGUUAUGUGUGAGGAGUCGUCAAUUGAGAAGACACCCGGGAGAGGUAUGUUUCCCGGGUGGAAUGAUGGAUGAUGAAGAUGGUCAAAACGUCCGUCGGACAGCAAUUCGAGAAGCUUAUGAGGAAGUCGGUGUCAACGAGAACGACGAUUAUCUUGUACUUGGCAAUCUUCCAGCGUUUCGAGCAAGAUUCGGUGUACUUAUUCAUCCGACUGUCGCCUUGUUGAGACGCCCACCAACAUUUGUUCUUAGCAUUGGAGAAGUUGAGAGCAUAUUCUGGAUACCCUUAUCCCAAUUUCUCGAAGACACCCAUCAUUCCACAUUUCUAAUCGAUGAGUUCUAUAUGGUCCACGUAUUUCAGUUUGACGAAUAUCCAACGACAUACGGAGUGACUGCACUAAUGUGCAUAGUGGUGGCGAUCGGCUUACUUGGCAAGCUGCCAAAUUUCAAUUUGAUGGGAAAUCUGACGAUUAGUGAUAUGCUUGAUAAACAUUUGGAUAGUAUUGAAAUAAUACGACAUGUCUAUGAAUUUGCAAGUAGGAAAUUUGAACCGAAAUCCAAAAUUUAGUGAAUAUAUUUAUAUUAUUGCACGCCAAAAUAUUUAUAUAUGUGUAUGAUGUAUAUAUUUUUAAUACGUAUAAAUGUAUUAUGUUAACUAAUUGUGA